CCGGCCCUGCCGUGAGGAUGCCGUUUCUCUGCAGAGAGCAGCAGGCGCUGCGGGAGCUGGCGGAGGAAAACCUGGCCUUCACCAGCUACAUCAGGAUGCUGCAGUCGACGAAUAGGAGACUACGGGAGAGCAACGGCAGCCUGCGCUCAGCCCUGCUGCUGGGCGCCUCCGGGGGCCCCAGAGCGAGCUCAGCCUGCAGCGAGGACUCGGCGUCAUCCAGCGAUGCCGGUUGCCAGAGCUCAGAGGAUGCACGUUCUGCCAGCCCUGCUCAGGACACACAGGACCCCCAGGCUGGCGAGGUGGAAGGCUGCUGCCAUCCUGCACAACGCUGCUGCAAGAGGAAGCUCUCUGCCUUUGCACCGGAGGUACACAGCAAGUCCCCAUCCGGCUCACACGGCCCGGCUGGAAGGGGAAGUGGGGACCCCCCCGGUACUGACGGUCUAACAACUCGCUCCAUCUCCCAGGGGUCUGGCACGGGGGAGCAGCCCGUGGCCCCCAGCCCCAUAUACCGGCUGGUGCUGGCAGGGGACAGCGGUGCAGGCAAGUCCAGCUUCCUGCUGCGCCUCUGCAGAAAUGAGUUCAGAGGUGACAUCUCCUCCACAUUAGGGGUGGACUUCCAGGUGAAGGAGCUGCUGGUGGAUGGGGAGCAAACCACACUGCAGAUCUGGGACACUGCCGGGCAGGAGAGGUACCGCAGCAUCUCCCGCUCCUACUUCCGUAAGGCCCACGGCGUGCUGCUCCUGUACGACAUCAGCUCCCAGAGCAGCUUCCUCAGCGUCCGCCGGUGGAUUGAGGACAUCGAGGGCGCCGGGACCGCACUGCCGCUCAUGCUGGUGGGUAAUAAGAGCGACCUGCGGGCCGCGCUGCCGGAGACGGCGGGGGUCCACACGGCCCACGGACAGAGGCUGGCCACGGCCCAUAACUGCCUGUUCUGCGAGACCAGCGCCAAGGAUGGCACGAACGUGGUGGAAGCCGUGCUGCACCUCGCCCGAGCAGUGAAGAGGACGGCGGUCUCGGGCAGCGGCGCCCGCCUGGAUCUCAGCAUCCCCGCCCCGCGGGCCGCCGCGGGCUGCUGCAGGGCCUGACGCGGGAGCGUCGCCUUCGCGUGUCACCCCCCCCCCCAUCCUCCCGCCGCUGUUCCAGGCUCUCACUACAGCCGCUUCCCACUGCAUCUGCAGCGCUCCGCUGCCUUCAUUCCGCCGGGCUCCCACAGCAGCCCCUCCCGGAGCUCGCAGAUCAGGCGCCGCGGAGGCCCCGCGGCACCGACC